AUGGCCGCUUCUGAUGACUACCAACUUACUCUCCCCUACUUCGGCGAGGUUCUACCGUGCCCUCUUCCAACACAAGAGCAAAUCGACAAUGCCGAUCAGAUUCUGGUAGAGGUCGGAGGCCGCAAAGUGUACGGCGAGGCCGCUGAAGAACUUGAAGUCGAAGCAGCCACCGUGAUAUUCCUACGGAAUACCACACGCAUCAAUUUACCCAAGGUGUAUGCCGUAUAUCGAUUGGGUGACCAUGGUGCGGUUGUUAUUGUCAUGGAAUUCAUCCCUGGGAGCAAUCUGCUCGAAGCCUGGCCCCGUCUUUCGGCUGCGCAUAAACAACAAGUCUGUCUGGAUUUGAAACAACAAAUCGACCAACUGCGAAAUCUACCUUCGUUGGGGUAUUUUGGAGGCGUUGGAAAACGGCCCAUGCCGGAUGGUAUCUUUUGGACUGGCGAGGGAGACGAACGAAGUCCUGGUGCCAAUGGACCUUUCUACUCCGAGAAUGAGUUGAACAAUGCUCUGGUGGGGAAGACGCUGCUUGUGGACAAAACAUGGAACGGUCGGGGACCUCAAAGAUCACAGUUCUACAAACGAAUGCUGCCCGACGUCCUUCGAAAUCACGCCUCCGUAUUUACACACGCUGAUCUUCAACGGAAAAACAUCAUCAUCCAAUCAAGCUCCGGCAGUGAGGUUUCGUUGACCAUCAGCGGCGACUUUGAUCAUCUCCAGGCAGCGGACUUGCGUGUUGCAUUGGUGGACUGGGAGAAAGCGGGCUGGUAUCCAAGUUACUGGGAAUAUUGCGCAGCCUCAUGGGCAUUUCGAUUCGAUGAUGACUGGCCUGAAUAUCUCGAGACGGUCUUGGAUCCAUGGCCCGCCGAAUAUGCCUGGCUUCAUAUUCUUAGAAAUGAACUCUGGUCCUGA